UCUUUGGAUGUUAAGUAGUUUACGUUAACAUUGUUGCUGUGUGUACAGUUGAAGUGUUUGUUGUUUACAAGAAGUGUUGUCAAUUUUAAAGCGUAAUUGAGUUAUUGUUGGCAAUUAAUCUCAUUAUCCUUAAGCGAAUCUUUGCACAUUUGAAGCGUCUUUUCCUUCGGCCUGUACAUAGCGUACUCAGUUGACCAAAAUGGAAGAUAUAUUUCAGUGGUGCAGAGAAGGUAACGCUAUGCAGGUUCGUGUGUGGCUUGACGACACCGAACAUGACAUGAAUCAAGGAGAUGACCAUGGCUUUAGUCCACUGCACUGGUCAUCCAAGGAAGGGCACUUGAAAAUAGUUGACCUACUGAUACUGCGUGGAGCUCGGAUUAAUGCAACCAAUCGAGGAGAUGACACUCCUUUACACUUAGCUGCUGCACAUGGUCAUCGCGAUAUAGUUCAAUUGUUAUUACGAAAUAAUGCAGAUGUGAACUUCACAAACGAACAUGGAAAUACUCCUUUGCAUUAUGCAUGUUUUUGGGGUUACCAAGAAAUUGCACAAGAUCUAGUUCAGCGUGGUGCUCUUGUUUCAUUGGCAAACAAGGAUGGUGAUACUCCACUCGACAAGGCUCGUGGAUCCUUAGCAAAACGUCUCCAUGAUUUGGCCGUGGAAAAUAACCAAGACCUCAAGAAGAUAAAUUUUAAAGAUCAAAGCUGGCUUGGACUGAAGACGAGAAGUAGAGAUGCUACUCUAUCUCGUCACAAGGGCAUCAAUAUUGCAGACUUGGCACUGCAUACAAAAAUAGCAACUUCACCAUCUGGAGAGACUUGGCGUGGCCGCUGGCAGAAGAAUGAAAUUGUGGCAAAAAUUCUAGCUAUUCGAGAGUGUACGUCUCGAAUUUCGAGGGAUUUCAAUGAAGAGUUCCCAAAAUUACGGAUAUUCUCCCAUCCAAAUGUACUACCAGUAGUUGGUUGUUGCAAUUCCCCACCAAACUUGGUUGUUAUUAGUCAGUAUAUGCCUUGGGGAUCCCUGUAUACACUUCUUCAUGAAGGUACUGGUAUAGUAGUGGAUACAGCACAAGCAAUUCGAUUUGCCUUGGAUGUUGCACGAGGAAUGGCAUUUCUGCACAGCUUGGAACGUAUUAUCCCUCAGUACCAUCUGAAUAGUCGUCAUGUUAUGAUAGAUGAUGAUCUGACGGCACGAAUUAAUAUGGCUGAUGCGAAGUUCUCAUUUCAGGAAAAGGGUAGAGUUUACUACCCAGCUUGGAUGUCUCCUGAAGCACUGCAGAAGAAACCAAGUGAAAGAAACUGGGAGGCUUGUGAUAUGUGGAGCUAUGCAAUUUUACUGUGGGAGUUAGCAACUCGGGAAGUGCCAUUUGCGGAUUACUCACCAAUGGAAGUGGGUAUGAAGAUUGCUUUGGAAGGUUUACGUAUCAGUAUCCCACCAGGAAUUUCAUCACAUCUAGCUAAAUUGAUUAGAAUAUGUAUGAAUGAAGAUCCAGGGAAGAGGCCAACCUUUGAUAUGGUUUUGCCUAUUCUUGAUAAAAUGAAACGAUAAUUGGCACAUCGUCUGUUUUACAGCACAUGUUCAAGUGUACACCCUAUUCAGAAUUACUUUGUGAACAGUGGCAGAUUCUUUUCUGUGUCAGUCAUUGUUGCUGGGUUGUGCUGAUAAGGCAUAGCAUCUAACAUACAUUGACAACAACCAUGUUAGCAAAAAUUGUGUCACAAAAUUACUUUAGUUACUCAAGAAGACAAUACAGAAUUAUAGCAUAGCUCCAGGUAACGUAAUAUUCACCAAAUUUGGAAGUGGGUAUGCUGUUGUGACACAAAAGUUUUGAUGGCAGUGUUCAUGUACAGCUGCAAUGCAGAUGACUUUUAUUUUGCAGCAGUUCUAUUGUAACAAGGCGCCACAGUAUAUCACAAAGAAAUUUUGAGUAGCACUGAAUAGCUAAGGGCUGAUACACACAAUAUUUUGUGUGUGUGUGUGUGUGUGUGUGUGUGUGU